AUGAAAUCGCCUACAAAAGCUAAAGAAGUCCAAAGUUUAUCUGGUCGGAUAGCCGCACUUAGUAGAUUUAUUUCAAAGUCAACAAAUAAGUGUGUUCCUUUCUUCAACAUCCUGCGAGGAAAUAAGAAAUUUGAAUGGACGGAGGAUUGUGAGAAUGCUUUUCAAGAGCUAAAAAGACAACUUGCAAAAUCUCCUGUACUCUCAAAACCUCUGGACGUAGAAGAACUAGGAAUAUAUCUAGCUGUUACAGAACAUGCUGUAAGUGCCGUGCUGAUGAGGGAAGAAAACAAUAUCCAACAUCCGGUCUACUACAUCAGCAAAAGACUUGUUGAAGCUGAAGGACGAUAUCUGCUAAUAGAGAAGCUCAUUUAUUGCCUAAUCUUAGCAAUAAGGAAGCUAAGGCCUUACUUUCAAGCUCAUCAUUUUCGGGUGUACACUGACCAACCAUUACACGAGACUUUAGCAGAUUUUGUAGUUGAGAGUACGGGCAAAGAAGAAAACAUUUCAAAAAGCAACCUUGAGCUAGUACAAGGACCUCAGCCGAGCAACAAUGAAGAUAAACCUACCUGGAAGUUACAUGUAGAUUGGUCGGCUACAGAUCAACUAUCCGGUGCAGGGAUUGCCCUUGUCACACCUGGGGGGCAACAUUUACACGGGGCAGUCAAGUUUGGGUUUAGAGCAUCUAACAAUGAAGCAGAAUAUGAAGCCCUCAUUGCCAGCCUAAAAAUUGCUCGAGAACUACAUGCCGAACACAUUGAGAUCUACAGUGACUCACAGUUGUUAGUAAAUCAUGUAUCUGGGGAGUACGAAGCUUGGGAAGAAAAAAUGAUAGCCUAUCUAAGCAAAAUACAUGACCUACUUGCACAAUUCAAGAGCUAUGUCCUCAAGCAAAUUCCAAGAGAAGAAAAUACAACUGCUGAUGCCUUAACUCGACUUACAAGCAACAAUAUAACUGAUGAGGCUAAUCUAAUCCCAAUUCAAUUUCUUGAAAAACCCAGCAUCACCUGUACGGAAGAAAUUGAGAUGAUUGACACAUCUCCGAACUGGAUGACACCAAUAGCAGCCUACCUCAACACUAGAGAACUCCCAAGUAACAGAAACGAAGCUCGGAAAAUGAGGAGAAAGGCUGCACGGUACAUCAUCGUAGAUGGAGUCAUGAAUAAAAGGGGAUUCUCCAUGUCGUUACUUAUAUGUGUUACACAAGAAGAAGCUACACAACUUUUGUCUGAAGUACAUGACGGAUUCUGUGGUAACUACGCAGCCGGGCAAAGUCUAUCAAAGAAAAUUCUAAGGCAAGGAUAUUUCUAG